AUGACUUCCGUUUCACCAUCCAAUUCACCUCAGAACGUGUCAAAACACGUACCCUACGACCCCCCAAACUUAUUGCCAUUUUUAAUUGGCGUGAGUCUCGUAUCAUUUGAGCUGUAUCUUGAUCUUUUCCCUCAAUAUCAACCUCCACCUGUGGCUGCUUUACGAGCGUUUGUUGGACCUCACGUGUUGCGCGGCAUAACGUACUUUAUGGUUACUGUACAUUCAUUGGAAACGCUAUAUGUAAUAAAGGUUUUGAGGAGCCGGGGUGAGACGGACUGGAAGAAUAUUGCUAUGUGGGUGGUGGCUUCUCUUUGUCUCGGUCUCUUUGGCUCUUAUAAGUUGUUCAAGAAAACUGAUGAUACAACGAUGAAAGGGGAUUGGAAGAAAUAA